UUGGUUAUCAUGUUGGCGUUUUCUCAAUGGUGGAGGGGGACACAUUUGUCGGCCGCAUUUGGAGGAGCCUUCGCGCAGUACGAUGACGUCAUGCAGCCUACUAAUGCGCACUUUUAGGAUGCAGACCCCGGGUUCAAACAUAGCCUAAAACCCUAUUGGGUUUAGAGAACAGCUUUGGACUUUCUGUGUCCAUCCCACUGCUGCAGCUGUCACGUGACACCGUCGGUUUGUUUUGGUUGUUACAUCAGCUGGGCCUGACAUAAGUUGGCAUGCUAAGCUAAUUGGCUAGCUGUUGACAGCGAACAGGUUUCGUGCUGCAGCGACUGUUGGCCAGGGAAUAUCAAGCCAUACUUGACUUGGAGCUAAUUUUCCACUGCUCAAAUAAGGUAUUGAAAGCUCAUGUCUGGAAGUCUUCGCGAGCUAAAAGAAGAAUUGUCUAGCUUUUAGCGCCAUCGUCGUCCAUCGGUACGAUGUGGCUCAAGUUGUUCUUUUUGCUCCUGUAUUUCGUCGUGUUGUUUAUGCUAGCACGGAUAUUUGAAGCGGUAGUCUGGUAUGAGACCGGCGUGUUCGCAACACAGCUCGUCGACCCUGUGUCUCUCAGCUAUAAGAAACUCAAGACCAUCCUGGAGUGUCGAGGGCUGGCAUACACUGGGCUGGCUGAGAAGAAGGAUGUCAGCCAGCUGGUGGAGAAAUCAGGAGAACUGACACAUGGGGAGCUGUACUCUGCCGUCAAGAAAGAGAAGGAGCAAAAAGAGGCUGGAGAAGUCAGCAGCACACACUUCAGUGGAGAGAUGCACUUCUAUGAAUUAGUGGAGGACACUAAAGAUGGGAUCUGGUUGAUUCAGGUCAUUGCCCAGGACCGAGAAGCUCUGCUUGGUAAGUCUAACUGGGUGAAGAUGGUGCAGAAGGUAUCUCAGUUUGGAAUCCGAACUGGAACAUUUAACUGCUCUCAUGACCAAAGGUCGUGUAUCAGACGUGGCUGGGAACAUUCCACUCUCAUCAUGUCAGUUCCACAGACUUCUGCAUCGAAGGGCAAAGUCAUGCUGAAAGAAUACAAUGGACGCCGCAUUGAAACCGAAUAUAUCUUCCGCUGGAUGACUUCACAUAUGUCGCACCGCAUCAAGACACUGUGUGAUACUGAGAAACUACUGGAGGAAUGGAACCCUGACCCACUCCACCCAUUAAAGAUGUUUCUGUUUGCCCCCUUGCCCCAGCCACCAGUCUUCUUCUCAUCACUCUCUGUUAAGUUCACCGGCAGGAUUGAGUUCAUCUUUGUGGAUGUUCGUCACUGGGACAACCAGAACAGCCUAUUAGAGCUUGGUGUUACACAGAGCGCUGCCUACAUCUUGAAGAUGCCAGAGGGGCUCUAUCAUUAUGGCAAUAGUACUGGCGAGUUCUUGUCUGUAGCAGCCAUGGACACCUUCCUACGUUCAGUUCAGCCAGAAGUCAAUGACCUUUUUGUCCUCAGUCUUGUUCUGAUCAACUUGUUAGCAUGGAUGGACCUCUUCAUUACACAGGGAGCAACAGUGAAACGGUUUGUUGUUCUUAUACGAACACUUGGAACCUACAACUCCAUGCUGCUGUUGUCCUGGCUUCCAAUUCUGGCUCUCCUCCAGCUGUCCUACCUGGAAAGUCUGUACGGGUACAGUCUGAAGCUGCUUCGUUAUACUGACACCACCACUCUGGCCAGCCUGGUGAGAACUGACUGGACUUUCUAUUCAUCCCACCCAGCUCUGUUCUUAUCUACCUACUUGGCUCACGGCCUACUGGUUGAUUACUUUGAGAAAAAGCGUCGCAGUGGCAACAGAAACCAAGAGGACAGUAGCACGAACUUGGAGUGGCUGGCCAGUUGGUGGGAAUGGUAUACAUCCUAUCUGCUCCACCCAAUCGCAUCACUACAAGUGCCAUCAGACUGGGAGGAUGACCCUAAUGUGCUCUUUGAACAUUUGUCUUUCCCUGAUCUGUGGCUUCGCCCAUUAGUGAGCACAGACUACAUUAAAGCUUUACCGACCUGGAAGUUUAGAGUUUGUUGUGCAGACCCACUUGAUGGGAAGCUGGAAGAAAACACAGACAGCAGCCAGCUAAGUGAUCACCUUCCAGACAGACCCCCACAAAGCAGCAAACGGCAGGAGAGCAUAUCAUACAAUCAGGAUGACAACACACAGUCUUUCUGCAGCAAUGUGGAGUUGGUGUGUGCCGCCAGGGCAUUGUUGGACUCCUGUCACCAUGGUGACACAGACUCCCCAUUAACUGAUGACAUGUUGGAAAAGGUGCACCAAACCAAGGAAAGCAUCUCUCAUCAUGAGCAGAGUGACUGGUCCGCUUGGCCCUGCAACAUGUUGCAGUGCUCAGAGUGUGUGGUGUGCUUGGAGAACUUUGUGAAUGAAGAAUUACUGAUGGGUCUCCCGUGCAGCCAUGCCUUCCAUCAGCAGUGCAUUGUGGUGUGGCUAGCUGCUGGCCGACACUGUUGUCCAGUGUGUCGCUGGCCCAGCUAUAAAAAAAAAGAGCAGCCACUUGUGCACAGUAGUCAUGGUGCGGACACCUAAUAACCUUACUGAUGUCUACAUCUUCUCCUUUGAGUCCUGCUUUUUGGGUUCACAUCUCACUUGGGUGAAGGUGGGGCUUGGGAGGGAUGACAAAGCUAACAUUUUCUGUUGGUGUGAUCCUAACUGCUGUUAUGAAAAAAACAUCAAUUUCUUUUUUUAUUUCUGUGCUAAAGAUUAUGAUCCAGCCACGAAUAAAAUGAACAGCUCGGUAGCACAGUGUCUCUGGUUAAGGUUUAGUGAGUAGUCUGUAGGUGUGGUGAAGGAAUGCCGUAUGCUGCAAUAAUUUGCCAUUACUUCAAUACAUGACUUGAAUGGAACACGUCUGUUGCAUGUUGCUGCCAUCUAGUACUAUUUUGCAUGCCUUCCUCUUUGAUGUGUGAUAUUGUGGCAAAAACCAACUUAAAUAUCACGUGGUAAUACAGUAAAGUUGAAUAUGGGAUUCACAGGAUUAAUGCACCAAGUAAAGGGUUAAUAGUAUUAGCACAUUCACCAUUUAGAUUCUGUAUAUUGUUGAUUUCAUAUUAUUUAAUGAAAUUCAAUGUUUAAAAAAGUUCUGACCUUAAAUCCUAAUGUUUUUUGAUGAAUCUGUUAGAAAGGUAUUAAUCAGCAGGUACUCAUUUGCAGAUGCAAUGCAUUCCACUGACUGCUCUUUCUAAUAAUUAAUUCCUUCUGUGUAACUAAAUGAGGUAAUGAUGGAAAUAAAAUGUUCCGUUAUAGAGGCAACAAGGACCAGUUUUUGUUAAAUAAAUUUGUAGUCUAAAUUUAAAAACAAAUUCAUCUCCCCUUAUGUUUUCUUUUAUCUACAAUUAGGAAAUAAGACUCACACUCCAAUUGAAAGUUUACAAAGAAUAUUGAAAAUCGAUAUAAAAACAGGUACAAAUGAUAAAACUUAACAAGGCGAGUUGCGGCAGAUAUACAGUUUAAGAUGAAUGAAAUGCUGUCAUCGUGAGGAGAAGAAACAGCCGUGUGGAGUAUUCACUGGCAGGCCGCUCAAUCAUGGCACAAAAUCAUUAUAAACACUGAACAAUCCCGUCCAGACCUAAAAAGGUUGAAAUGGCGAUAAACCUUAUCAUUUCACUUUCUGGCAUUUUUGUUUACAUGCCUGGCUGACGACAUUGAGCUAGCUCGGAGCUACAAAUUGCUUUAUGGAAGUUUAUGGAUUACAUCAAUCAUCACAUUACGUUCUUUAAAGUGUCACUUGUUGCUUCUCCUCUUAUAUAAUACUUUUGGCUUGUUUUCAAAACACUAGCUAUGUUGAAGCACCUGAAAAUCAAUAUUAAUAUUUUAUAUGUCUUAUAUUCAAACACGACACCUGUAUUUAAUGACAAAGGGGCAAACUGAGAGGAGAUGUGCUUCGUACAACGUACAUUUUAAAUGUUGGCAGUCACAUAAAACACAAAAAUGUAUCACCUCUACUUUUAUUUCAUGAAAGUAGUUUUAAUUGUUUAAAUAAUUAUUUGGAGAUAAACAAAUCCAUCCAUCCAUUUUAUAUGCUGCUUAGCCUGACGAGCAUCACAGGCAUGCUGGAGCCUAUCCCCGCUGUCUUCAGGAAGAUUAUUGCCAGUCUCUGUCCAGCCAAGCAAGAAGCAGAAUCUGUGAGUGUGUGCGAAUCUUGAAAAGUGUUAAAUUUUUCAUCCCAUUUUUCAUUGACCAACUCGUGGACUCAUUGCUAUUCAAUACGCUCUCAUAGUAAACAUGGAAGGAAAAUAAAAGUGCCAGAUUUCCCACAGCUAUUUCAAAUUCCUGAAAAAUAAAUUAGAGAUGUAAAGGAAAAAAAUAGCAGUGUGGGAACUUGUUGGUAAACAUAUCAGGUAAGUUACAUUAAUUUACACAUAGUAUGUAAAAAUUAUCUCCAAUUCUUGGAGAUAUCAACUCCACCUUUUCUCAUUUGAACUACUUUGAUGCCCCCCAAAUUCCCUCCAAAUUUGACAGUCAAUCAAAACUGUGGCAGACUCAUAAUUUGCUGUGGAUGUGAGCUCACCACAGCUGUUUGUGGCGUCAGGUAGUGGUAGGUAGUUUCACCAAGAUGAUACUAUCAUAAUCCUACUAAUUGGCAUCCGUUACACGUUCACACAGCAGAUCUAUUUGUUGUAUUCUGUUGUUAGAACAGGUAAAAUAAAGAAUGAUUCAAACUUUUAUACCUUUACAACAGAACUGGCCCUAAAGCCCCACAGCAUGAUGGAACCACCAAAAAAUGUUACCGGGGGUAGUAAGUGUUUGUCUUGCUGUGUUCUUCAUCCGCCAUGCAUAACGCCCUAUGUUAUGUCCAAACAACUCCAUUUUAGUUUCAUCAGUCCACAGCACCUUAUUCCAAAAUUAAGCUGGCUUGUCCAAAUGUGCUUUAGCAUACCUCAAGUGACUCAGUUUGUGGCAUGUGCUUCUUCUGCAUGACUCUUCCAUAUUAGCUGAAUUAUUGGAACUGGUCUGUGGGUUGAGUGUGACUGUUCUCACCAUACUUCACCUCUGCUUAUGAGAUUUUAGUUUUAAUCUCUGACCUACAGAAGAACACUUACAACUGGCCACCUUAAAUACUCUUUCUCUCUUCUGGAUAUGUCCGAACCAUUUCAGUCUGGCCCCUCUGACUUUAUAUCCAAGGCCUCUAACAUUUAAUGUCCCUCUGAUGUACUUGUUCCUGAUCCUAUCCGUCCUCAUCUCUGCUACCUCCAGUUCUGCUUCCUGUCUUCUCCUCAGUGGCACUGUCUCUCGACCAAACAACAUGGUUGGUCUCACCACAGUUUUGGAUACCUUUCCUUUCAUUUUAGUUGAAACUCUUCUGUUACACAUCACGUCUGAUACUUUUCUCCACCCGUUCCACCCUGCCUGCACACACUUCUUCACCUCCUUUUCACAAUCUCCAUUGUUCUGGACUGUUGGCCCCAAGUACUUAAAAUUCUCCACCUUCUGUAUCUCUUCUCCCUGUAACCUCAUUCUUCCAUGUGGGUCCCUCUCAUUCACAUACAUAUACUCUGUCUUGCUGCGGCUAAUCUCCAUUCCUCUCCUUUCCAGGGCAAACCUCCACUCUUCGAGCAUCUCCUCCACCUGUUCCAUUCUCUCACUAGAAAUCACAAUGUCACCUGCAAACAUCAUAGUCCAUGGAGAUUCUUGUCUAACCUCAUCUGUCAGCCUGUCCAUCACCAUAGCAAACAAGAAGGGGCUCAGAGCUGAUCCCUGAUGCAGUCCCACCUCCACCUUGAGCCUGUCACACUUACAGCACAUCUUACCACGUCUUACAGUCCUCAUACAUGUCCUGCACCACUUGGACUUACUUCUCUGUCACUCCAGACUUCCUCAUACAAUACCACAGUUACUCUCUCAGCACCCUGUCAUAGGCUUUCUCCAGAUCUACAAAGACACAAUGCAGCUCCCUCUGACCUUCUAUGUACUUCUCUAACAUUCUAAAAGCAAAUACUGCAUCUGUAGUACUCUUUUUUUGGCAUGAAACCAUACUGCUCAACUACCCUUUCCCAUAACUUCAUUGUAUGGCUGAUUGGCUUUAUAUCUCUGUAGUUGCCACAGCUCUGCACAUCACCCUUGUUCUUAAAAAUGGGCACCAACACACUUCUCCAUUCCUGAGGCAUCUUCUCACCACCUAAGAUCCUAUUGAACAACCCAGUCAGGAACUCUACUGCUACCUCUCAUAGACACUUCCAUGCCGCCACAGGUAUGCCAUCUGGACCUUCCCACUCUUCAUCCUUAUCAAUGCUCUUCUCACUUCCUCUUUACCAAUCUUUGCAACUUCCUGAUCCACAGCAGACACUUAUUGUACUCUUCCUUCUCUUUUCCUCAUUCAUCAACUCUUUAAAGUACUCUUUCCAUCUUCCCAUCACAUUCCUAUCCUUGACCACCCUAAAUUGCUCCAUGUCCUUCCCAUCUCUGUCUCUCUGCUUUGCCAACCUUCUUAGCUAACCUUUUUUGCUGUAUACACUCCUGCAUCUCCUCAUUCCACCACCAAGUGGCUUUGUCUGCUUUCUUUCCAGAUGACACGCUAAGUACUCUCCUACUUGUCUCCCUGAUCACAUUUGCUAUAGUUGUCCAGUCACCCCCUUGCCAUCAAGAGCCUGUCAAAUCUCCUGUCUGACUCCACUGGAGAUGUUUUGUAAAAUACCUUCAACCAGAGUCCAGACCCUCAUAGGAAGCUAUAGGAAGUGUUUAUUUCUGCAAAAGGAGGAUCUACUAAAUCUUGAUGUAUUCGUCUGCUAUAUUUAACUGAAAUGGCUGAUCCCAACAACCAGUGCUCUUGCAACAAGACCAAAGUUAUCCAGAUUACAUGGGAUAUGCCAGAGAUUGGAACAGUGCAGGUAUUGUUUUUAUUGUUGUAUACAGUGCUACCGUGGCAUAAGAGUGGCCCAACUAACUGGUGGUUUUUUUUUUACAUUUUUACAUCUCUGAUGAUUUUUGCAAUGAACUGCCAGCUAAAUUGGAGUUACAGCUGCUAUUGAAGGGGUGUCAAUGUGAUGACCGUGGUUGAAGUUCAGUGUUGUACUAGCAUCAGCCAUUUAGCAUCAAACUAGCUAGGGGAAGAUUUUCAACAUCUCUGGAUAAAACUAUGGCAGGGACAACAUCAAAUGAAAAGCACUAAAUGAAUAAAAGCCACCAUCCCGCUUGGUGGACUUUGUUUUUCAGAGAGGUUGUGUACCCCUAUUGGCAGUCAAAGUCAUCCUUUAUGCAGUCCCACAUAGUAUCAGCAUUUGGGAGCAAAUAUGGGGUGAAAGCAAAAGGGGGAAAAUACAUCCAAAUACAUCCAUACAUCCCUUUGUGUAUGGGACAGAUGGGAUACAUGCGGCAUUCAAUGACCGUAAACAAAGUAGGACAAAUCGCAGCUCUCAUUAAACAGUCAAAAACUGUGGAAUACUUACAGUAUUGUAAGAAAAUAAUAUUUACUGUAAUAUAAUGAUUAAUUUUUAUAUAUUUCAAAGUGUUUUAAAAGAGAAAUGAAAUUACAUUGAGUUUGCAAUUUUGAUUACAUGACCUGUGUUUUAGGUAUUUUCAUUCAUACAUGUCAUGAAGGAAAGGUGCAUUGAGGCAAAUCUUUAAUGAUAAUAAUUUCUAAAUCUUCCUAAACACGAUUUUAUACUCACAAAUAUUUAGACUUUAAAACCAGUAUCAUAAAUAAGCAAAUCUUAUUUUGAGCUGACGCAAAUGAACAAAAACAUUUUGUCAUGUUUGUGUCAGUGUGAGACGUCUCACUCGCUCGCAUUUUGUAUUUGCUAAAAGUUUGUUGGUGUGUUUAAGAGCUAAUAUACUACUAAGAAAGAUAUUAAUACAAAAAUAUGCUUGCUGACUGUAUUUUUCUAAAUAAUGGUCCAUAGUUCCGAAAUCGAUAUUGUUGUAGUUGCACAUUGAAUUGUUUAAAACAAAGAGAUUGCCACUAUUUAUUAUAGAUAAAAACAUAUUUCUAUUUGGGCGCUGUCCUGUUCGUUUUGUUAGCAUUACCUCAGUUGCGUUAAGGUAGUGUUAAGACAUUGGCUUUAAAUGGUUAAGUAAGUAAGCUUGUGAACUUGUGUAGAAUUGUAUGCACUUCUGGGUGGUAUAUGGUACAUUAGGUUAGUGGGGGGGCUAAGUGUUCAUGUUCACAAUGAUAUUAGUUUUUGGUUCAGCCAUCGAUGAGGUUAUGGCUGUUUUUUUUCCCCCUCGCAGGUUCAUUGGUGGAUUUAUGGAAAAAAAAAAAACAGACCAGCCCAAAACCCCAGAUCACCCCCUACUUUUCCCACCUCAACGAAUACAAAUACGGGCUGCAGUGUCACGCCCUGUGUGGGUUCCCAGGUGACAGUUUGUCUAUGUUCCCUGUCUGGGCUUUGGUUUCCUUUUUGGACACUCUUAUUUUGGAUUGGACUUCCGGUUUUCCCAUGUCUGCCUUGGUUGUCCUUAUGUCCCACACCUGUCCCUAAUUUGUGCUGUCUAUUUAGUUCAGGUGUCUGCUUCUCCCUGCGUGGGAUCAUUAUCGUUUGUCAGUCAAUCCCUGAGUUGCUUUUUCCUGCUACAGCUAUUAUUGCACGCAAUAAAUAUAAUUUACCUGCAAUUGGUCCUGCUCUCUGCAUUCUGGGGACGAACCUUAAAGCUCUCGAGACCGACCGUGACCGAAUGAUCCCACCAAAUGAUGACGACCUCGCGGAGAGAGACUACUGGACUUGGCAGCGCUUCAAGGCUAUGGAGGACGAGGAGAUGGCGGUACCGCCUUGGGUAAUGGAGGACAUGGUGCGCGAGCCGGACGACACGCUCGCCUCAAUGGCGUGGUUCUAUUCCAGACCCACCGACGACACUCCAGACCGUCCGUGACGCCGACGCAAGCCGCAGCGCCGGAAGGCGAAGCCAAGCUCGUUCUCCCCUUCACGCCAAGCCAAGGUGUACCCGCCCUCCUGCCCUGCCAGUUUCGACGAACCCGACGGAGAUGGACCCGGCAGUUUUUUAAGGUGUUGGAGCAGGCGUGUGCGAGGUACACGCCGGAGGAGCUGGAGACCAGGGUAUGGGGGCCGGACUGCACGCUAGUGCCUAUGGCUUCAGUGUCCCCAGGACCCGCUGCACACCCUCCGACGCGGCGGCGUCGCCAACGCACGGCACGUUGCCGAGAGGUGUGGCCACCCUCUUCCGCCUCGCCAUGUCACGCCACAGCACAGCUCUACCCUCUCGCUGUUGCCGAGUUGCAGCCCGUCGUGCACCCACCGACGGCUCCCGUGCCAAGCGGUGAGGCGUCCCGGAUUCCUCCAGUGCCCAAGCCACGCAGCCCCAGGGGCCGCCUGCUUCACCGUCGCCGCGUCAGGCCCGGACGCCACCUGCUUCUCCUCGAUUCCCUGCCGGAGCCCAGGUUCUACACCCAGGGCGCCCCCCUGAGGAUGCCUACCGCAUAGUCGGGGGCACCCCCCGGAGGGGUCUUGCUGCCUCUGCCAGGCCUGCCACCCCGGGCGACCCCCAGAAGGGUCCCGUCGGCGACCCACCUCCGGUCCUCCCACCACCCAUCCCUCUUUGACUUGGAACUGUCUUGGACGUCUGGGAUCCGUCCUUGAGAGGGGUGUACUGUCACGCCCUGUGUGGGCUCCCAGGUGGGUUCUCCAUGUUCCCUGUCUGGGCUUUGGUUUUAGAGCUCUCGCGACCGAC